UUCUCUUCUCUAUAUAAUGCCCGAUUUUCCAAUCCGUCCUGAAGCCGAAUACCGCUGCGCGCGUGAGAGCUGCAUUUCUGGAAGUUCAUUGUUCUUCUAUGAAAGGCGUAUAAAUCAGAGGGUUAGGGCAGACACGGAGAGUGCUGGUGCAGUAAUAGAGGGAGGUGAAGAUCGAGCGUGAAGAUUUGAAGAGAAUGGUUUGUUUGGUUGCUCGGCAAGGAAGGGAGUUUCAGCGUUACAGCAGAAGCACUGGCGGCCGAUUAGUUGUCGGAUGCAUUCCGUAUAAAUUCAGCAUAAACUGUCCAGAUGAUGAUCUGAUUCAUGCUAUGAAGGUUCUUGUCAUCAGUUCUCAGAAAGGAUAUGGAAUGAUGUUUCCUAAGGGUGGUUGGGAAAGUGACGAGACUUUAAAACAAGCAGCAUAUCGAGAGGCUUUGGAGGAAGCUGGUGUGCAGGGAAAUCUAGAGCUAAGGCUAGGCAAGUGGAGGCACAAAAGCGGUGCACAUUCUGUAGUUAAAGAGAGCGUCAUGUUCCCUUUGAAUGUAACUGAAGAGUUGCUUCACUGGCCUGAAAUGGGUGUUCGGCAACGCAGAUGGGUUUCAGUGGCAGAAGCAAUGGAAGGAUGCAAACAUCAAUGGAUGAGAGAGGCUUUGGACAGAUUAGUAAGGAGGCUCUCCUGCUCACUUCACCUCAAGUCUGCUUCUGUAGCACGAAACCCUUUUGUCGAGGAUUAAUUAUUAUGUGCGGAAACCGGACAGAGCACAUCACAUCACCUCUUCGUUGUGUACUGCUGUUGUAUACCUGCUGUAUACUAGGUGACGUGGUGUGCUCUGAUUCGUCUCCGGACACAGAGCUACGUCCGUUGUCGCCGCUCUGUGGAGGCUAUUGCUGAACUGGAACUUUUCUAUAUGUACAUAGAUAGGUUCUAAAUGUCACGCUGCAGAUAAUUUGCUAGAGAGAGAAAAAACUAAAUUGGCAUUUCUAAAAAUUUGUUUUUUUAGGGGUGUACAGUAAUCGGGAUUUCAGCUAAUGGACAUAAAAUAAAUAUUGACCCAAACCUACAAAUUUCAAUAGGUUCGGCUCAAUUGAAAGAA